ACUGAAGCCCUCGAGAAAACGCCCUUCGUUUCAAGACAACACAUCGAUACCAGAGAGACAGAAAGCCCACGCCGCCCUUUGAUUUCCCUCCCAUCCUGUUGACUUGGUAUACUCGCCGCCGUUGAUCCGCCUUCGUUUCCGGAGUCGAAGAUGGGUGUGCAGAAGAAAACUCGCAAAUUCGCCGCCGUCAAGCGCGUGAUAGGCAAAAACGACGCUCGGCGCAAGGAGAACAUCAAAAAGAACGAAGAAGCCCUCGCCGCAAGCAAGACGAAGGCCGCCGACGGCGAACUCGUCCGCGAAGUGCCCCAGAUGCCCAGCCAGAUGUUCUUCGCCGCCAACACAUCCCUCGUACCACCCUAUAGCGUCCUCGUCGACACAAGUUUCUUCAACCGCACCGUUCAGAUGAAGCUCCCUGUUCUCGAAACCAUGAUGGACUGUCUAUAUGCCACAUGCAUUCCUGUCGUUACCGACUGCAUCAUAGGAGAGUUGGAAAAGCUAGGUCCUUCAUAUGGGAUUGCCAGGAGAAUCGCCAAAGAUGAGCGGUGGGAGCGGGUAAAGUGUCUGCACAAAGGAGUCUACGGAGAUGAUUGCCUGGUGGAUCGAGUAACCAAAGACCGAAUCUAUAUCGUUGCAACCCAGGACAAGCAACUACAACAGAGGCUUCGGAAGAUUCCUGGAGUGCCGAUAAUGAAGGUUGGGCGUGGAAAGUACUUCAUAGAAAGGCUCCCAGGAGCCUUGGAAUAAAGUAAAAUUGCACAAAAAAAGAAAGAAUGGGAACAUGAAUGGAAAAAGGCCAUUUUGAGGGAAUGGGGGCGAAUGGGAAGCCGGGGUUUCGCAUUAUUUAUGAUUUGCAUGUUGUUCAAAGCGUCAUGGCUGAAAUGGAACCAAAGCCUACCUUCAUAUACCCUCUACCACACCCUAUUGACCAAGAUGCACGUUCUUAGCGUGCACCCGGAGCGGAGCGGACAAGCGUUUUGCUCGUCUAUGGCACGUCAAGCGCCGACAUAGAAUUCCUCCUCCACCAGCAAGCACAGAUGGACCAUUACGUCUUGGCUUCCGUCACCACAUGGCUUGACGGCUCGAGAUGGGAUUUCACUGUGAUCCCGGCAAGCUUUGCCCAAUCAGUCUGCUCGAGGUGAAGAUUUUAUAUAAAAAAGGAUGUGGUGACUGGAUGUCACACUCGACCUCGUCCUAUGUCGUUUCACAUUGACCUUUGGCAGCCAUGAUUUACG